AUGGCUCAUGGCAAUUCAAGUUCUGAGCAUGUUUCCAUUCAAGGAGGCUUGGAAAAUAAAGUCGGCAGCAAAAAGCCAUCAACCUACAUAUUCCAUUCGAACGGGGAUACGCAACUCAGUCUCACUACAUGCAUUGAUAAAACUUUUAUCUGGGAGUCUGAGAGAAUAUGGAUAGGAGAAGAGAAACUGAGAAAGAAACAGCUCGAAACUGAAGAGAAAAAGAAGAAGAAGAAAAAAAAGAAAUUCAGUCUUCCACCACCACCUCCACCGCCGCAAGAAUCCCCUAUUUCUAUCCCUACGUCGUUCGAUGAUACUACAGACCCAUUGUCUUCAUUCCCUGGCUUGACUCAUUCUCGUCCAGGACUUUCGGAUGCGGAAGCAACAGACCCGGGACCUUCUGACGCUGGAAAGAAUACCGACAGCUCAAGCCUACAAGCUUCGAAUUACGGGGAAAGAUCUACCAACCUGCCAGGUCAGGUAGAGAUUCGAAUGUUAGUUUCAGGAACGCAUCUAGUUCUAGCUUCCUCCUACUUUGAGAAGAUGUUCUCUGGUCCUUUUAUAGAGGGAAAAGCUGAUCACCGAUCGGGGCUCCGCCAAGUAACAGCAAGCGAUUGGGACCCCAAGGCUUUCAACAUCGUACUAACAGUUAUACACGGUUACCAUAGAGACGUACCAAGGUCUCUUGACCUUGAGAUGCUUGCAAAGGUGGCUAUGAUCGUUGACUACUAUAAAUGCCAUGAAAUUGUUGAGCUAUACGCCGAGAUAUGGAUAGGGAGAUUACAGUCAGAAGUGCCAACAAUUUACGGAAGAGACUGUAUUCUCUGUCUGUUCGUUUCCUGGGUUUUCUCGCAACCAGAAAUGUUCCAGGCAAUGACCCAGCUAGCAUUACGGCACAGCGGAAAAAUGAUCGAAGCUGGAGACAUCCCUAUCCCCUCAAACAUUCUCGACCAAAUCAAUGAAGCACGGCUGAACUAUCUCGAUACAAUGUCCACAGCAACAUAUGACCUUCUUGAUCGUUUACAAGGAGAAGAAGUGGAGUGUUCUUAUGAGUGCUCAGCGAUGCUCUUGGGUGUUUUAACAAAGGAGCUAAAGAAAUACGGGGUUCUGAGCCGUAGUCACCCUGAACUGUUCUACCGGUUCAGCAUUGAAGGUUUGAAGGACAUGAUCAAAGAUUACAAGGUACCAGAAUGGUUGGAUAAUAAUUAUUACUCAAGUAAAUAUCCAAUGCUUUAUCACACUCAGUUAUAG